AUGUCUAUAGUUUCACAGGUGAUUCCUCCUAUUUCGGUCAAAACGAUUUUAGCAUGUUUGCUUUGGUACCUGAUAUCAUCUAUAACGUCGCAAUUGACAAAGCUCAUAUUGGUAAAGUUUACAUAUCCAUUAUUCCUAAGUCAAUUCCAAUUCCUAAUUAGUACCUUGUUGUCAUUUACUUUCAUAACUAUUGCAAGAAGAUUUCCAGAAGUACAGCAACAUUUUCCAUUGGGUAGCUUGCCAAAUAAUUCUAAUAAACCAAUCUUUGACAAGAGCAUUUUGAUAACAGUAUUGCCAUUGGGCAUCUUUCAAUUCACAGGUAAGUACUUCUCCUUGAAUGCUACAUCAUUGAUACCGUUAUCCACAGUGUCAAGUAUAAAAGCGUUAUCACCAUUGUUGAUUGUAGCUGGCUAUAGAGUCAUAUACAAUGUGAAAUUUCCAUCUAUAACUUAUCUUUCAUUAACACCUUUGGUUGGUGGGGUAGUGUUGAUCAUUGCAUCUGAAUCAAUGAAUAAUGAUCCUGGUUCUAAGAGCACUUUAUUAAAGAACGAUAAAGAUGAAUUCGAUUACAAGCAAAUAAAGGGGUUGAUUUUUUGUCUUAUAAGUACUAUAGUAUUUGCUGCGCAAAGUAUCUAUGGUAAAAAAUUGUUUACCUGGAACAAUAGUUCGACUAGUAAUAAUCCAGCAUCUUUGGCUCUCAAUACUGAAGCAAGCAAGCCUGGAACCCCGGCUAUAGAGCAGAACGGUUUUGCAUUUUCACCACCAGAUAACAAGGUUUUUGAUUUCAGUCCGAAAAAAUCUAAAAAGUUUAUAAGACAAAGGACAAAUUCGAUCAAGUUACCAUUUUCCACUUCAGAUUUAAGACUUGAUGAAAAAAAUGAAGAAAUCGUCCGUCAGCAGCUUCCGUAUACUCGAGCUGUACAGAAUAAUGAUACAAUUACUAACCCAUUUGCAUCUUUUACGAAUGAUUCAUUGGAAGAUAAUAAUAAAAAGCCCGAUAGAAUGACUACAAUAUUCUAUUGUUCAAUGAUUGGGUUCUUUUUCUCUUUUGGUGGAUUUAUCAUAAAUGAACUUUCAAGUAUUUUUAAGGAACUUACUGAUCCGGUAGAAAUCAUUGGCGGUAUUCCAAAUCAAACAACUGAUAUUGUAACAGUUCUAUGCUUAAUAUUUUUAGAUUCAUUAUCGCAUUUCUCGCAAAUGAUAUUGGCGUUUCAUUUAUUAGGUCUGAUCCCGGCUUUAUCAUAUUCAAUUGCAUCUAUGAUGAAGAGAAUUGUUAUUAUUACCGUCAGCAUAAUCUUAGCAAUUGGUUCUACUCAAUCACAUGAAAGAGAUAGUUCUAAGUGGUUUGGUAAAAUAAACACACAGCAACUUUAUGGCUUAAUAUUAAUCGCGAUCGGAUUAUAUUGUUACGAUAGAUGGGGCUCAAGAAGUCUAAAGGCUAAUCGAAUUUGA